AAAGGCUGAAGAGAAAAUGAAAUGCGACGACUGCUUUCAUCGCACGGAAAUUAUGCCAUUUCUCGUCGCAUGGCAUGACUAGUCAAAUUCUGGCCUAAGUAAAUUCUAAAUUCUUUUGCGAUCUCGACCCCUGAAAAAUAAACAGCUCUGUACAGGUGCGACCUUGAUGUCGAACCAAAACGCCUCUGCGCCACGUGUCGUCAAAGUAUGCGUUCUCCGUGAAGAAAUUUGAAAUUGAUAUCGUGAGAAUGCCUAUGUGUACUACGGAUAACACAAAACUGAUCUAGUGACUUCAACUCGGUUUCUUCAUCUUCUUGCUGUGCUUACGCGUCGGUAAAUGCCGUUCUGAAAUGAAAAUCCAACCGAUCGUGUAAGUCAAAUAGAAAUGUACCAUUUCGCUGAGCUCCCAAUAGUCUGACGUGCCCGCGAAUCUGCAUGUGACAAUGCUACCAAGAAGGAUCUCCAAAAUGAAAAUGUGCAAUUCGCGAACAAGAAGAAUGCGAUCAAGAUCCUUGCGCAAAAUUCUAGAGCUCCGCACCAACGCAUCUCGAGGCACAUCAUCGGAUGAUUGCAAUGUUCCCCCGAAAUGUUGUUCUAAAUCGCUGAAGUAAAAGCCUUUACACCGCACCGGGAUCUAAAAUGCUGAAAUGAAACCCGGAUUUUAGCUCGAGAUCACGUGCCCAUGCCACAAUGAAAGCAGAUCGGUCGAAAAUGGAUCCGUUCUAAAUAUUUGUCCAACACCAUCAAUCACAAUCUAACUUUAGUUGGACCACUGCCACCUCCACCACACAACACGAAUUAACAUUCACUUCUCCCCCACCAAACCUCCAGGGACCACGAGUAUUUUAAGGUUAGAAAACCUUUUUAGUUUCCACAACUAAAGCCUCCCACAACACAGACAAGAUGCCGAAGUCCUACCGCAACUCCAACUCGAACUUCCGUAAGCCGAAGCGCCCGUUCGAGAAGGAACGCCUGGAAUCCGAGAUGAAGAUCGUCGGUCAGUACGGUCUCAAGAACAAGCGUGAGGUAAGAAGAGGAGAGAUUUUUGUUCAGUUUUUUCUUUUUGGUUGUGCCCAUGGUAGAGACUUCGACUUGCACUCAUGGUCGCACUUCUUUGUGUACAGUUCCAUCUGGUCAUCGGUCACGUACUCGAAUUAGAUUUAGAGUGAUCCAUUGGUUCUAGCAGAUCGUUCUCACGUUACAGUCUAGGUCUACCUUCGACGUGUCUCACGUGAAGAACAAAUGCCUCCUUUCAAUGAAUCCCACUCAUGAAACGUCAAAUCCAAAAUCCUAAACUCCCAACAGGUGUGGCGUGUGCAGUACGCUUUGACCAAGAUCCGCUCGGCCGCCCGUGCCCUGCUGACCUUGGAAGAGAAGGACGAGCGCCGUAUUUUCGAGGGUGAAGCCCUCCUGCGUCGCAUGGCCCGCCUGGGUUUGUUGAAUGAGUCCGAGCGCAAGUUGGAUUACGUGCUGGGUUUGACCCUGUCCAAGUUCAUGGAACGCCGCCUGCAGACCAAGGUCUUCAAGCUCCAGAUUGCCCGCUCCAUGCACCACGCCCGCGUCCUGAUCCGUCAGCGCCACAUCCGCGUCGGCAAGCAGAUCUGCAACGUGCCGUCCUUCUUGGUCCGCGUCGACUCCGAGAAGCACAUCGACUUCGCCAUGACCUCUCCGUUCGGUCAGGGCCGCCCGGGUCGUGUCAAGAGGAAGAACAAGACCGGUGGCAAUGACGAGGACGAGGACUAA